GGCUGAAACGAGCUGAGUCGUGCUGGUUUUUGGUAGUCGAAACGCGAGCCGUGUCGGGCUGAAGUGAGCUGAAGCGAGCUGAAGUGAGCUGAAAAAGGGUAGUGGAAAAGGGCCAAUAGAUGCCGCAUUGAGCUGGUGGCCCCGUUGCUGGGAUACGUCAGAGUGUCCGCCAUAUUUGAUGUGGCAAAUCUUCCCCGUAAACCAAUGCAAGUAAAUGGACUGAACUUCAUAAACCCCCUUUCUACAAUAAUAUUUAACUCGAUGCCUUUUAUUCACCCAUUAAGACACACGUAUAUAUUUGGGAAACAAACAGGCAUCAAAACAACAUAUAUAACUUUUAAUGUGAUGGUUAUAAAUAGUGUGCGAAAUACCCUGUACACUGCAAACUAGCGACAGAUAUGCGAUAGAUAGCUCAGGUAAGCUAAUCAGUCAGCAUACCGUAGCAAGCUAACAAAACCUGAGGCCACAAUAACCAACCUACAAGACUGAAUAUGAUAAAUGAUGGAAAUAGUGAAUGAAAAUAAAAAUUUACUGUUUUAUUUAUUGAGUCACCACACAAGACCUACUCUCGUUGAAUAAAGUGAGCUGAAUGACUGCCAAACUGAGUUCGGUCAGGUUCUAACGUCAUACCAAAACAAAAUACAUCACUGAUUCCUUCACAUUCAGAAAGGUUAAAAACAUUCAUCAUACGUUCAGAAACGUUCAUCAUAGUGUGGCACUGUAUUAUCUAAUUCUCACUGCUUAUAACUACCGGCAUGGGCGCCGCCGGGGGGGGGGAAAGGUUAGAACAAUUCUAGGGGCCCAGCACUGCCAUGGGGCCCUUUAAGGGGCUGAUAAUAUGCUUUUAAUGAUUUUAAUAAGACUUUUGAAAUAACAACAAUGUAAUAUUCCAUCUGGUAAAAUGAGCUAAUUGAACAAGGUUGUCUGUUUCUUGAGUUCUUCAACAUAUUGUCAUUUAACCCUCCCCCUUUUGCGAAAUGGUGCGGUCCAGUUCUGGUAGAAGCGCGAUGCGUUAAAUCUGUAUGCUGAUCAGUGCAACGCUACUUGCUGCUGUGUCGCGGUGCAGCAGCCAGCCAGCCAGCCAGCAGUGGAGCGUGUACAGUCUAUGAUCGCUAAAUAUGAAGAGUGGCUGUCAAAAACGUAAAGAAAGGCAGCUGAAAGCUGAGAGGGACCGGAGAGGCAGGCAACUGGUCACUCAGUUUUUCCCAAAGAAAGGUAGCCAUCGCUCACGUGUGUUCAAAAUAUUAGCGAAUGGUAAAUGAACAGUAUGAACGUGGUUGGAUUAGCCUAUCAAGAGAACACUUUUACAGUUUGUACAGUGACAUUUUUUCCAUUUUAAUAACUGAACUGACUUGUGUGAUAAGAUGAAAUAUUACGUUAUGCUGGUGCUAAUAACUAGUGCUAAUAACCAGUUUCAUAACUAAUGGGGUGCCCUAAAUAUGCACAGAUUCAGCCUCAGGGGGACCUCCGCCCUACCAAACCACUGAACCCCCCUUUGGAGAAGGAGGAAGGGGGCGAGCUGAUCAUGGAGGGUUUACUCAACAUCUCCUGGGGUCUGAGGAGGCCAAUCAGACUGCAGAUGCAGGAUGACCAUGAGCGCUUCCACUUUGCCAGUGCAGGAUUAUGGAGGCCAGAGAGCCAAGGGAGAGACCAUAGGAAUGAAAACCAACAGAGUCCCAUUCAGUUGUCAUUCGAGUCCAACAACAAUGAAGUUACUGUACCAGCAAAAACUAGUGUUGAUGGUGUUAGCUCAGAAGAGGAAACUCCUCAAAUUCCAAGAACAAGAAGUGAUGCCAGCUUCAUGAACGUCCUAAGAAGGUCCAAACAGCGAUCCCCAGGAGACUUACAAAGGGUUAAAAGGCAUCGCUUCUCCAUCAACGGACACUUUUACAACCACAAGACAUCAAUCUUCACUCCAGCUUAUGGGUCAGUAACUAAUGUGCGUGUGAGCAGUUCAAUGACAACACAACAAGUGCUCAGUCUGCUACUGAAUAAAUUUCGGGUGCAAAAUAAAGCAGAUGAAUUUGCGCUUUAUGUCGUCCAUGAAUCGGGAGAAAGGACGAAGAUUAAAGACACUGAAUAUCCCUUGGUGUCACGUGUGCUACAUGGCCCAUGUGAAAAAAUUGCCAAAAUUUUUAUUAUGGAAAAGGAUCUGGGUGAAGAGGUUACUUAUGACGUUGCACAGUACAUAAAGUUUGAGAUGCCUGUGUUGAAUCAAUUUGUCACAAAAUUGAGGGAAGAAGAAGAGAGAGAGAUUUCAAAACUAACAGAAAAGUAUGGUGUACUGAAAUCAAUGAUACUACAGCAGCUAAAAGAUGAUUCGGAAAGUCCAGACGGUGUGUGAGAAGAUAAAGCUUCUUUUUUGUUUUACUUGUUUUUGACUGGACAUACUAGAUGCAAUACGUUUUUAUCCCCCGCUGGACGAAAGGCCCAAAGGGGGAUUAUGUCGUGGCGAUGUCCGUCUUGUCUGUCUGUCCCGGGAAGGGUGCUCACCUCCUGAAAUCAAUUCCUCUCACAAUUUUUGGAGGAAUUUCACGAAACUUGGCAGGAUUCUUUGUUAUUUGUUUUUACUAUGCAUAUUGUAAUUUCGUUCAAUUCAGUCACAUUUUACCAGAGUUUCAGCCCUUCAUUAACAAAAUUGACAAUUUCAUGAAGGUGUGUUUUCCCUCUGAAAUCAACUCCUCUCACAAUUUUUGGAUGAAUUUCUCGAAGCUUGGCUAAAGGCCUUGUUAUAUGACGGUAAUAUGCAUAUUGCGAUUUAAUUUCGUUUGUGAAAAUUUUACCAGACUUUUGAUCCUUGAUUAAAUAACUUGUACUUUGACAAUUUCAUGAGGGUGUACGUUCUUCUGAAAUCAACUCCUCUCACAAUUUGUGGAGGAAUUUCACCAAACUUGGCAAAGGCUUUGUUAUAUGACUAUUACAUGCAUAUUGAAAUUUCAUUUAAUUUGGGCAAAUUUUACCAGAGUUAUGCCCUUGAUUAUUAACAAACUUGUACUUUGGCAAUUUCAUCAAGGUGUGCUUGCUUUCUGAAAUCAACUUCCCUCACAAUUUUUAUCCCCCACUGGCCAAAAGGCUCAAAGGGGGAUUAUGUCGUGGCAAUGUCUGUCCAUCUGUCCCUCUGUCCGUCCCAGGAAGGGUACUCACCUUCUGAAAUCAUCUCCUCUCACAAUUUUUGGAGGAAUUUAACGAAACUCUACAGGAUUCUUUGUUAUAUGUCGGUAAUAUGCAUAUUGCAAUUUCGUUCAAUUCAGUCACAUUUUACCAGAGUUUUGGCAUCAUUGCCAGCGGGGGAUAUUGUGCUCUUAGAGCACUCUUGUAUACUUAGGUGUUGUGUUUACAAGUACCAGUAACUGGUACAACAUAGAAUACUCAGGAGUGACACACAAUACCAGAUGCUACUGUUAAAAUACUUUUAUAAAGCACUUAAGUAUUUUUAAAUGCCUUUUUUUAAAGAACUAAUGACACUUAUUGAAUUACAUAUCAUGACUUUUUACACUGAAUGUAUUUGGCUGAACAUAAUACACUAUUACUGCUUCUUUUUUAAGAAUAUAUAAUAAAACAUUUUUAUACAGAUGCUCAGUCUAACUAUUUCUGUGUGGCUUGUGGUAAUUCUAGUAAAAAGUAUUAAUUGUAAGGUAUGUUUCAGAUAGAUUUGAUUCACAAUGCACAAGGAGGCACUCCAAACAUACAUACUAUACGUACAAAGAAUGUACAGCAGGAGCAAAUUCAGAAACUCAUCAGUGCCGACUGAAAAGGGUUGGCCCGUGCUGAACAUCACAUGCUCACUGCUACUUUUCAGUCUGUUAGCUAAUUAACCUUGGAAAACUGUGAUUAUAGUGAGGAGCAGUUCAUUCUUCUGAAUAACCUGGCUUCCUUUUUCAGUGCUCACAUGCUCAUAUUAAUGCUGUUCAAAGUUGACAGGAUAUGUAAAAUAACAUGAGAAUAGAAUGCCUUUAUUGUCACUGCACAAAUGUACAACGAAAUUUAAGUUCACCAUAGGAGAGCAAAGCUGCUGCAUACAUGUGCACCGCCACUCUUGGGCACUUCAGCCCAAGGCUGUCCCAUGUUAACCUAACUGCAUGUCUUUGGACUGUGGGGGAAACCGGAGCACCCGGAGGAAACCCACGCAGACACGGGGAGAACAUGCAAACUCCACACAGAAAGGCCCUCGCCGGCCACUGGGCUCAAACCCAGAACCUUCUUGCUGUGAGGCGGCAGUGCUAACCACUACACCACCGUGCCACCCAAAUUACAUAAAUGCCCUUGAUAAAAACAAGCACAAAUAAAGGCACAAGUAGAUUAAUUUAAACUAUUUCCUUUACUCUCAAGUGUCAACAUCCUCCAGUUUUCUAAGCUCUUUCAGUCUAGCACACAUUGUAACUAAUCAGUAACGAGCAUGUAAUAUUCAGCAAGGACCCGCCCUUUCAGGUCCAAGUUCAUGUUGAUGAUGCGUUCUAAUUUGCUGUUGUGUGGUUUUUUUUUUCUUUUUUUCUAAUUUCCUGUAUUUUCGUUUUGUUGAUGUGUUUUGCACUUUCGGGCCACCCUAGAAACAAAAUCCAACAUAAUCCAUCAGGCGUACAAAGAAUUUGAUUUCCAGUUUUCAAAUCCCUACUACCGUCAAAUAUAUUAUAUAUUUUCAUUUCUUUGCUCUCGUCUUGCUCUCACUUUUAUAUGCAUGUUGUUCUUGUGCUAUAUGAGUGUCAUUAUCUCAAUUCAUUGUCAGAGUUGUUUUCCUCAAGAAGAAAAUAGUAAUUUGCUGUUUCCUGCAUGCUCACAAUGAGCCAUACAGAGUUACUCAUUGUUCUAUGAGUGACCUACGGAGUGUAGCAGUUCCCACGAGCUAUUCCAGGAGCUGUUUGGAUGGGAAUAAGACGAGUAAUCAGUGCCUGCUGGCAGGAGUGCCACUCUUACAGUGGCAUUAUGGGAAACAAUGUCGAGCCAGUUUCUCAGGACCUGCUUCUCUUAAUGAUAUUUGAGGUCUGAUUGUGUUGAAACCUUCUUGUGCUCCAUCUGUGUACUAGUCUGUAAACAGGUUUUGAUUUUAUUUAUUUAUUUUAACGGCCACAAUAAGCCAAUCAGGAAACAUUUUUCAGGUUUAGCACUAUCUGGGCAGGCUUAGAAGGGAUGAUGAACCUUGACUGAGUUGUUCCGGGUGUCAUCUGGAAACAUUUUGCUACGCUUGACAACUGUGGCACUAUUUUUUUCUUAAAGCAAAGGGUUGUCUCACACCAAAUAUUGACUUUGUUUCAUUUAUUAUGGCUUACUGCUGGCUGCUGUUUAUAGUGGUUUUUUAAAUGCUGAAACAUUUCAUUUCAUUAUUUUUAAGCCAUUUUUGGUCGACAGCAUUUCUUUACAUGUGCCUAAGACUUUUGCACGAUAAUACAGUAUAUACUGGAGCUAGUUGCAGGAGUUAGUUGGUGUUAUUCAAAAGGACAACCACAAUGGUCAAACAGCUCUUAUCAGCACUUGAAGCCAUCCAUCCUGUCUAUUGUUUUGUCUUGCUUGAGGAAAAAAAUAUAUAUUUAUGAAGUAUCCACUUUGGCUUCAUCAGUCACAUCCAUUUUGUCUCAUAUGCUCCGACUUCAUUGCAGGUGUGUGUUCAAUUCUCACUGUAUGUACCUGUUGGCUAUGUGAAGUUGGAUAGGUGACUGGUGUGUGUGUGUGUGUGCUCCUUGACCAGUCUCACCUCCUUCUUGGUUAGUUUCUUUCAUCCUGGUGGUGUUUUUACAAGGUUGCUGAUGUUCUGGCACCAAGAAUACGAGCUGAAAUGAAUUAUAAUAUGAAUAUGAUGUGUGUGUGUGUUUGUUUAA